AUGGCUGUCAUGGCGGGCUUGCUGAAGAAGACCACUGGCCUUGUGGGAUUGGCUGUAUGUGAGAGUCUGCCCGAGAGGCUAAAAAUAUUGUAUACAAAGAUUCUUGAUGUUCUUGGACAAAUCCCUAAAAAUGCAGCAUACAGAAAAAAGUAUACAGAACAGAUUACAACUGAGAAGCUGAGUAUGGUUAAAGUGGAACCAGAUGUUAAAAAAUUAGAAGAGUGGGCUUUCCUGCAACUUCAGGGAGGCGGAAUAGAAGAGGUGAUUCUUCAGGCUGAAGAGGUGAUUCUUCAGGCUGAAAAUGAGCUAAGUCUGGCAAGAAAAAUGGUGCAAUGGAAACCAUGGGAGCCUUUAGUGGAAGAGCCUCUUGCCAACCAAUGGAAAUGGCUAAUAUAAACAUCAUUAAAUGACUUGUGUGUUUAUGGGAAACUGAUGUAAUUAAAUAUUCUGUUAUAUUAAAAAUAUUUCCAUAUUAUUGACAUCUUAUAAUCAAGAAAACUGAUACAGAACAUAUAUAGGAGACUUGAU